AGCAAGAACCAGCCGCACCGCCGGGGAGAGUACAAUGUCUACAGCACCUUCCAGAGCCACGAGCCGGAGUUCGAUUACCUGAAGAGCCUGGAGAUCGAGGAGAAGAUCAAUAAGAUCCGAUGGCUCCCGCAGCAGAACGCAGCCUACUUCCUGCUCUCCACCAACGAUAAGACGGUGAAGCUAUGGAAGGUCAGCGAGCGGGACAAGAGGCCGGAGGGGUACAACCUGAAGGACGAGGAUGGCCGUCUCCGAGACCCCUCCAUGAUCACCAUGCUGCGG